AUGAAUAAUGUAUUCAGCAGAAUAGUAAAGAGUAGUAUCAAUAUGAAUACUACUCUCAACAAAUUGGAUUUCAAACCAAUCAUCUCAUCGAUCAGUGCUAAGCAGCAGCAGUCUCAGUUUGGUAGCCAUAACCUUUAUAAUAGUAAUAGUGUUUAUAGUCAUCAAUUGCCAUCAACAUCAACAUCAACACCAACAACAUCAUGGUACAAUCGACUAACGAGAAAGGAUAAACGACUAAUCUUUUCGGGUUUAAAUAAAUCAUCAACUACAACGACAUUAUCUACCUCUUCUUCAUAUACUUCAAUCUCAUCAUUAUUAUCUUCUUCAUCACAAUCAUCAACAACAUCAAUACAAAAACGUAGAUUCUUUAAUCAAAGUGGUGGUAGCGGUAAUAGUGGAUACAGUCAAUACAGCUCAAGUAGUGGAGCAGGACUAGUGUAUGUCAUCAUGGCAGUCAAUGUUGGUGUAUUCCUUUUAUGGGGUCUCAAUGAACAAUCUAGGAGCGGUAUCACUGAAAUGUACCAAAAGUUUACUCUAUCACCUAGAAACUUUGAAGAAAGACCAUAUACAUUACUGACUGCUGCAUUUUCUCAUAAGGAUUUGGGUCAUUUAUUCGUAUGUCAAACUUAA